AAACAUUACAGCUGUGACUUUUAGACAGAAUCUCACAUCCCUUCAUGAGUUCUUAACUAUUUUCAGGACAUCAUGCAUUUAGUUAUGUAUUUCACCAAGAACUGAACUAUGAAUUUCUCUGCUAUAUACGUAUUUUGUGAUUUUGAACGGGACUUUUAUUUUGGUCUGGUGAUGAGACGUCAGAAGGCUGCGCCGCGCUCGCGCGUCUGUUGUGAUUCGGCUGAAGAAAGGCCAAAGUCCGUUCACUGACUACACUUGACACUGUUAUAAAGAUGGCUUUUAUUAAAGAGGAGAGUGAAGACAUAAGGAUUGACGAAACAUUCAGAGUCAAACAGGAAGAAAUAGAGGAACAAACAGGCUUGAUGUCACUGAAAAAGGAGAGUCAAGAACUCGAUGAAAAGGAAGGUGAAGAUCAGUAUGAAAAACAUGAUUUCAAAAUUGGAGAAAAAUCAUUUAGUUGCUCACAGACUGAAAAGAGAAAAAAAAGAGCUUAUAAGACAAAAAAUAGAAGUCAACUCACCUGCCAACAGUGUGGAAAAAGUUUCAAAAGAUUUGGAAACCUUACUUCCCACAUGAGAAUUCACACUGGAGAAAAGCCUUACACAUGUUCUCAAUGUGGAAUAAGUUUUGCUCUUAAAGAAACUCUUAGAAUGCACAUGAGAAUUCACACUGGAGAGAAGCCUUAUACCUGCAAACUGUGUGGAACGAGCUUCAAUCGAAAAACAAGCCUUAAAAACCACAUGAGAAUUCAUACUGGAGAGAAGCCUUACACAUGCUCUCAAUGUAAAAGGAGUUUUGCACAUAAACAAAACUUUGAUGUCCACAUGAGAAUUCACUCUGGGGAGAAACCUUACAUAUGCAAACAGUGUGGAAAGAGAUUCAUUCGUAACUCCAAUCUUAAAAACCACAUGAGAAUUCACAGUGGAGAGAAACCUUACGCCUGUACUCAAUGUGGAAAAAGUUUUACAUAUAAACAACACCUUAAUGUCCACAUGAGAAUUCAUACUGGAGAGAAACCUUUCACCUGCCAACAAUGUGGAAAGAGUUUUACUGAACAAGCAAACCUAAAUGUUCACAUGAGAAUUCACACUGGAGAAAGCCCUUUCACCUGCCAACAGUGUGGGAAGUGUUUCACUCAAAAAGGAAACCUUAAAAAACACAUGAACAUUCACACUGGAGAAAGUGUUCAAACACAGAAAAACUGCUGAAGCGACUGAGAUCCACGCGACACACUGUUAUAAAGAUGGCGUUUAUUAAAGAGGAGAGUGAAGACCUGAAGAUUGAAGAAACAUUCAGAGUCAAACAUGAAGAUACUGAGACACAAACAAGUAAGUAUUUGUGUAUCUUAAUCAUUUAUUUCCAUAUACAAGCAACAUAAUUUAAAUUACAUCAGUUUUACAAAGAGCAGAUUAACAAAGCAUGAAUAACAUGAUAUCCACCUUAUGGCGCUUUUCCAUUGCAUGGUACGGAUUGGUACGCCUCACUUUUAGGGGGUUUUCUACUGUGUACAUUACCUAGUACCUGGUACUUUUUUAGUACCACCCGUACUGAUACAAAAAUGUGACGUGUAAAGAUCACUGAUUGGUCAAGAGAGAAUUGUCACAGCCUUGCUUUAAACCAGGGCUCACAGAGUGGUUUAAACCACUUGUGGGUAACAGAGUGGGACAAGGUAGGUCGCACAAAGUCAAUUGGCUGCAGCUAAAUUUGCGUUUCACUGAUGCACACACUCACACAGUUCAGUCUAGGGCUGCACAAUAUAGGGCGGCAUUUACAUGGCUCUCUGGAACAACGUCGCGCAACCCCAUCAUUUCACCAACAAAGAGAAGUUAUCAGAAAUCUAAUCAGAAAUAAAUCACUGGAACUAAUGCGAUCAUGAUAAAAGCGGCCGUGUCAUUGCAUGUUUUACUGUUUGCUUAAAUAUUUAAAGCCAAAGCAUCGAUGUUUUACAACAAUAAGUGCUACAUUGAAUAAUUAUUUUGUGUCAGGAUAGAUAAUUAAUUAGUCACAGAAAUGAAGUGAUAUUUACCAUUAUUUCACAAAAGAAAGAGACACGCAUAGCUACUUCAGUCGCGUCUGUUUCUGUAGUCACAGUUUAGGUCUACAUGACAUUUAGAAAGAAUGGUCAUUUCUUAUAAUUUUUCCAUCAAAAAUACAACCAUGAGUAGCUUUAGAACUCUCUCCAGUCCCAAUAUAUUAUGUUUUCAGUCAGAAGAACAAAGGGAGCUUCGAACAAAAACUUGUUUAUGAUUUAAUGACAUAUGCUGGAGCUAAAUAUGAACAUCAGGUAUAAAGAGAGAUUAUUGAAUGAUAUUGUAAUAGCUAUUAUAUAGGGGUAGUUGUAACCUGAAGGUUGCUGGUUCGAUUCUCGCACCGGCAGGAAUUGAAGGUGGGAAUUGUGAAUAAACAGCACUCUCUCCACCUUCGAUACCAUGACUAAGGGGCCCUUGAGCAAGGCACCGAACCCCUAAUUGCUCCCCGGGUGCUGGAGCAAGGCUGCCCACUGCUCCGGGGGUGUGUGGGUGUGUGUGUGUGUAAGAAAUUGUAUUCACACUCAUGCUCCUAAAUACAUUUUCCAGUUUGUACACAUCUAUUUUUAGUUGCAAAUGCAAUUGAAAUGCUCUUAUAACACACAAAAAGAAGUCAUUAUGAAAGAUUCAUUGUGCAUAUAUUUAUUGUGUUAUAACAGCGCUUUGCGAGAUUGUGAUGAACUGAGAUGUCAGCUUUACUGAUUAUAAAGGGAGGGCUCUUUGCUCGUAUUUUGUCAUUCCAAACCAUGCAUGCAGCAGCCCAUGCUUGCUUAAUAUAUGCUUAAAUAACAAAUAUUUUAUCUGGAGUGUUAAUGCAGGGAUGUUGUGGAACUUACGGGAUGUUACAGAACUUAAUAUUUCAUGUAAAUUUCAUAGAUGUACUGAAAAAAAUCUAUAUAGGCUACUUUUAUGAGGGCUUUUGUGGGUGGGAGCAGGAUAAAAAAUAUGAAUGUUGCAGGUGGGAGCAGGACAAGAUAACUUUUCUUUCCGUCCCACACAGGUUUUUAUUGUACAGUUCAAAUGUGUUCUGACCUGUAGGGCUGCCCCCAGUAGUAGACCAAAUGUUAGUCAAUGAGAAGAGGCUGACCAAAUUGUAAUUAGUCGGUUAGUCACAGAAAGAAAAAAAACUUCACUGGAAAUGGCAAAGUGGCAGUCUGUGAGACACCCAAACCAUCUCCAUAUAAGGGCUUUCCACAUUAUUAGUCUGAGAGAUGUCUUUUGUGGUUUCAGUUUUUCCUACAUUUGUUUGUAAAUUUAGAAGAAACUGUAGUAUAUAAACUAAAAAAAUAAUUUGUUUGCAGGGUUCCCACGGGGCCUUGAAAUCCUUGAAAGUUUGUGAAUCUGAUAAGAAAGUUUUUGAAAAUAAACAAACAUAGAUACAGGUCCUUGAAAAUUCCAUAUUAUUCCCUCCGGUCCGCUAAUGUGUUAUUUCGCCAACACUUUGUGCACACUAGCUUGUUUGAUUUACGUUGCACAUUUAUGCGUUACGUUAAGUGUUUCCUAUGUGAGGUACUUUGUGUUGUUUGUUGCUAUGACGUUCACACACACCCGAAACUACUAAGAUGGUACCUCAACAUUUCACAGACACACCGUGAAACAUUGCAAAAAUAGGCUGAAACGUGAUGACUGGAAAAUGCAAGUUUCAAGAUAUUUGGCUCACCAAAGAAGAUUACAAAGAAUGGCUUGCCAGAGAUCCAAAGGAUGUAAUGUUGAAUUGCUUUGCUUGUUAAGAUAAUGUAAAGCCACGAGGCAAGAAAAACUUAAAAGCAUAUUCAUAUAUCUUAAAACUUCUGGUUACAUGAGCCUAAGCUCUUUUCAAUAAAAUCCAUGCAAAAGUUAAUAUCAGAUCAUUUUAGAAUACAGUGUAGUAUGUACCAAAUAUUAUUCAAUUUUAUGCAGAACAGAAAUACGACAAAUAUCAGAUUUCUGUCAUAUGGCCAAAAAUAAAUGCAAAAAAAAAAAAAAAUUGCUUUUUUGCAUAGCUGUGUUUGACACAUGAAAACUGUAACAAUGUAUCUUACAAGAUGAGGCGAUGUAAUCUUUGCUCUCACUUGAAAUGUGUCCCCACAUUAAGUCCUUGAAUUUGAGGGUAUUGGACCUGGAAAGUCCUUGAAAGGUCCUUGAAUUUGAAGUUAACCAAGGUGUGGAAACCCUGUGUUUGUGAAAAUGUUUGUACCCUGAUUUCACACAAGUUUGCAAGUACUUUUGUUAAUCAAAUGAAACCCAGUGUCUUUCAAGGGAAACAUAGCAAGCAUAAAAAGCAGAAGACCUAAUACUGAGCCCUGUGGCACUCCAUAUAUGUGUUUGAUGAGAUGUUUCUACAUUUACACAAGCAAAGUGGUAGCGGUCAGUUAUAUGAGACAUAAACCAUGCUAAUUAUUGUCCACAAAUGCCAAAAUAAUUCCAGCACAGAUUCUAAUGAAAAUGGAAAGUUUGAGAUCUGUCUAUAACUGACCAGUUCUCCUGUGUCAUGCUUUUUCAUAAGGGGUUUGAUAACUGCCAGCUUAUUUGGGACAUUUCCUAAAGAAAGCAAAGAUUAUAGGCAACAUCCUUUUAAGUAGCUUAAUGAGUAGUAUUUAGUAUACACAUUGUUGGUUUUGCUGGUACAUGUCUAAAUGUAUUAAUGUCUGUUGCUUUGUGGAGUUAACUUGUAUUGGUCUUUUUUUUUUUUG